ACCGUCUCAGUCUAUCCCGUCUUUGACUACGAUGGCCACCAAGAUCACCCACUUUGAGAUGCACGAUGUCCGUUUCCCGACGUCAUUGUCGGGGGAUGGUACAGAUGCGAUGAAUACCGAUUGCGACUACUCUGCGGCAUAUGUUACUCUCUACACCUCAUCUCCGGAACUCAGUGGCCACGGUUUGACCUUCACUAUCGGAAGAGGAAACGAUAUCGUUUGUGCGGCUAUUAAAGAGGUCGCAAAUCGCCUCGUCGGGAAGGAAAUCGAGCCCCUAUUCGCCAAUAUGGGCAAAACAUGGGAAUACCUCGUUGCAGACUCUCAGCUGCGAUGGAUCGGUCCAGAGAAGGGCGUGAUCCAUAUUGCCACCGGUGCGGUCGACAAUGCGUUGUGGGAUCUUUACGCACGCUCGAGGAAAAAGCCUCUGUGGAAGCUUGUGGUCGAUAUGACUCCAGAAGAGUUAGUAAACUCCGCCGCCUUCCGGUACAUCACCGAUGCCAUCACACGUGAGGAGGCGUUGGAGAUGUUGAAGACGAAGGAGGCGACGAAGAAGGAACGUGAGUCAAAGGUCCGUGAGCUCGGAUACCCCGCCUACGUCACUUCAGCCGGCUGGAUGGGUUAUUCUGACGAAAAGGUUGCGAGACUGACCAAGGAAGCCGUCGCUUCCGGAUUCAACCACUUCAAGAUGAAGGUUGGUGGCGACCGUGCCUCUGAUCUUCGCCGUGGCAAGAUCAUUCGUUCCAUCGUCGACGACCCUCAAUGGCUUCCCGAGGGCCAUAAACCACGAGAGCCUAGUGAUCCAUCACUCGUCGGGAAGAAUGCUGGCCCCACUGGUUCGGUAUUCAUGAUCGAUGCCAACCAGGUAUGGGACGUGAAGGAGGCUAUCGACUGGACAGCAUCUCUUGCUGAGCUCAAGCCUUGGUUUAUUGAGGAGCCAACAGCACCCGACGAUAUACUCGGACACGCAGCAAUUCGCAAGGCCCUUAAACCAUACGGAAUUGGUGUGGCGACUGGCGAGCACGCACACAACAGAAUGGUGUUCAAACAACUUCUCCAGGCCGAGGCUAUCGAUGUGUGCCAGAUCGACUCAUGCCGUCUCGCCGGUGUCAGUGAAGUGUUGAGUGUCCUGUUGAUGGCCGCAAAGUUUGGCGUUCCUGUAUGUCCUCAUGCUGGUGGUGUUGGACUCUGUGAAUAUGUUAUCCACUUGAGUUUGAUCGACUACAUUGCUGUUUCGGGCACCAUGGAACGUAACGUUUUAGAGUUUGUGGACCACCUCCAUGAACACUUCCUCUACCCUUGCUCCAUCAAUUCCAAAGGCCGCUACAACGUACCUAGCAACCCCGAGGAGGGCUAUAGUAUCGAGAUGGUCAAGUCGAGUUUCGCAGAGUUCGAGUAUCCGAACGGGUCGUAUUGGGUUGGUGCGGCGAAGGCGAAGGCUGCCCAGUAGUUCUUCCUCGUUUCUAGUGCAUACGCAAGGUGCUUUAUCUGGGCCUAUGCGGAGAUCGUUUGAACCAAUACGGAAAACAGCAGGCAUAUCGAGUGUUGUACGUUGAGCUAAGCAUUAUCUAUCUACUAUCGUCUCCAUCUCAGUUAGGAUGCAUCGUCAUAUGUAAACUAUACACACAAAA